AUGGAGGGGGAUGCUGGCGGCAACAUGUAUCCGGAUGUGACCGCCAUCAGGGAGCGCGCUAAGCAUGCGGCACCGGCGUCCGCCAUUUCUAUUGCUUCGACUUCUUCAGAAUCGAGUGCACCUCCGCAAUUUAAGCCCAGAGUGACAGCACCGAUGAUUGUAUUGUCAGACUCGGAGGAUGACGAGCCCGAGAUUGUUUCAGCCCCUCAGCCGCUACGCUCUUUUCCACCUAACACGUCAGGGCCCAAUGCUUCGAAUAACGUCCCAUCAAAGCCCAAAAGGGCAACGCCAAUCCGUGUUCCUUCCAACAAAGACCUCCCGGUGUCCCGAUCUGCUCCAGAACACAAUUAUGAAACAUUCGACAUGCCAGCUGUUGAUAACAUGUAUGACCCACCCAUGUCUCAGGCUGAUGCAGAGAAAGCCUUGCGUGAACUAGUGACAGGUGCAUACGGUCACGAAGAGGAUGUAGAAAUAUCGAUGGAAGAUGCAGAGGUCGAAGGAUUCAGGCCGGGAAUUAAAUUAUUAACACAUCAGAUUGCAAGUCGCAAAUGGAUGGCCUCUCGUGAAUCUGGAAAGAAGAUGGGCGGGAUCCUCGCAGACGAUAUGGGAUUAGGUAAAACAAUCCAGACAAUUACGCGGAUCGUGGACGGUCGUAUAAGUAAGAAGGACAAGGCGGAUGGAUACGCGCGAGCUACUCUAGUGGCCUGUCCUGUGGCGGUUGUCUCACAGUGGGCCAGCGAGAUACAAAAGAUAGCAAUUGGUUUAACCGUGGUAGAACAUCAUGGACCCUCGCGCGCAAGUGACCCGUCGCAGCUAGAGCGUGCACAUGUUGUCAUCACGUCUUAUCAGACUAUCGCAUCAGAGUACGGUGCAUAUAAUCCAGCUGCAGACAAGAGCAACUCCAAGAAGACUGCGAAAUCACAGAGCCAAGUCUCCGAUGAUUCUGAUUCUGACAGCAUCGGCAAGAUUCUGGAAAAGUCAAAGCGUGGUGGGUCAAGCAAAAAAUCGAAGGACGCCCUUUUCCGCGUGAAGUGGUACCGAGUUGUGUUGGACGAAGCACAUAAUAUCAAGAAUCGCAAUACGAAGGCGGCGCAGGCGUGCUGUGCAUUGCAUGCGAAAUACCGCUGGUGCCUCACAGGGACACCCAUGCAAAACAGCGUGGAGGAGCUGUACUCGCUCUUCAAGUUUCUUCGUGUGCGCCCCCUGAAUGACUGGCCAACCUUCCGAGAACAGAUCGCUCAGCCAGUCAAAGCAGGCAAGACGACUAGGGCAAUGAAGCGAUUGCAGGUCGUUUUAAGUGCUACCAUGCUCAGGCGUACAAAGGACACUUUGAUCAACGGCAAGCCUAUCCUACAACUACCCGAUCGAAAGGUCGAAGUUGUCGAUUGUGUGUUUGAAGCAGACGAGCGGGCGUUCUAUGAGACGAUUAAUGCGAGAGUUCAGACGAGCCUAGAGAAAUUGCAACAGCAAGGCGGUGUCGCGAAGAACUAUACGUCGAUGCUCGUUCUGCUCCUUCGUCUCAGGCAAACUUGUAAUCAUCCGACCCUUGUGUCUGAAGAUUACCGAAGGGACAAAGAGGCGGUUGAGCCCAGGGCUGCGAAAAGCCAGGAUGGAGAUGAAGACGCGGAUGAUCUCGCUGAUCAGUUGGCUGGCAUGGGUCUAUCACAGAUCAGGCGUUGUCAGCUCUGCCAGACAGAGUUGACAUCUUCGAAUACAUCCGACCAUAACACAUGUGCCGAUUGUGCCGAAGUUGUGGUGAAAGCUCGCCGCUCGAGUCGGGGCCCCGACUCAGAUCUUCCCCCAGAUUCCACUAAAACCCGAAAAAUCCUGGAGAUCCUCAGGGACAUCGACGAACGUUCCGAGGGAACGGAGAAGACUAUAAUCUUUUCUCAGUUCACUUCUAUGCUCGACAUCAUUGAGCCCUUCCUUCGAGCUGAGGGUAUUAGAUUCGUGCGAUACGAUGGAUCGAUGACGAAACCUCACAGAGAGAUCGCACUAGAAAGUAUCAAGGAAAAUGCCAGGACUAAAGUGAUCCUCAUCUCAUUCAAGGCAGGAUCAACCGGACUGAACUUGACGUGCUGCAACAACGUUAUCCUUGUGGAUCUGUGGUGGAAUCCGGCGCUCGAGGACCAGGCCUUCGACCGGGCUCAUCGUUUUGGCCAAACUCGCAACGUCCAUAUACGCAAGCUUUGCGUGCCAGACACAGUCGAACAGAAGAUUCUCGAGCUACAAGAUAGAAAGAGGGAACUUGCGAAAGCAGCUCUCUCGGGCGACAAGCUCAAGAACAUGCGUCUCGGUGCUGAGGACCUUGUGGCCCUGUUCGGUUCGGGACAUGAUGACGACGAUGACGACGACUAA